AUGGCAUGGCAUCAUCAGUCUGUUCCAUGGCAAAAGGUCACAAUUACCCUCGCAAUACUCUACUUUCUAGCAUUCCACGUACAUCCGGCCAUCCGGAACUUCCACACUACCAUAGUACAACAAUAUCCACUCCCUGAUAUACUCGAUCCAAGAAAACAUGCACCCGUAAACAGCUACGCCACGACYCUCACGACAAAUUUGAUAAUAGCCAGCACUGUCGAAGAUAACAUCACCUGGACUUCUGAUCUCUUCCCACACCUCCCAAACCUCCGCAUACUACGAUACAUCAGCGACUCUUCCACCGCAGAAUUCCAUCCUCCUGUCUACAACAAAGGCAGAGAGGCAUUGAUGUACCUAACCUUUAUGCGAGACCAUCACCACCUCACCCGCACCCCAGAUUCCCAAGACGACGGACUAGCCGACGUCAACAUUUUCAUUCACGCCGAGGAGUUCCCAUGGCACGCCGAACCCGCGCUCAUGAAAUCCAUGCUCUUCACGCUCGCUCAUCUCGAUCUCCAACAUGUGGUGGAGAAUGGCUACGUUAAUCUUCGAUACACUUGGGGCGGUCCCGGAGAGCAUAAUUGUCCGGAUGGCGGCUUCAACACUUCUACCACAUUCGAGGAGAAUCCGCUUGGAGAGGAAUACUUCAUGCGAGAGGCCUUUGAGACGAACUUCCCGGGAGAAGAGGUACCUGAGCUUCUGGCGGGUCCUUGCUGCUCUCAAUUUGCAGUGAGUCGGGAGACGAUUCGGGGGCGGGAGAGAGGAGUGUAUGAGAGAGCUGUGGAUUGGCUGGUGGAGACUAGUUGGCCAGACCAGUUGGUUGGAAGGGUGUGGGAGCACAUGUGGAUCUGGCUCUUCAAGGGUGUUGCUAGGGAUUGUGGGAGCGAGGAGUGGCGAACACUCUGUGCCAUGUACAAGGUCUGUUUUGAAGGAAGCAUAGAAUUGCGGCAAUUUGAGGAGGCGUGGGUCGAAAGGGAGAGGUUGAUAGAGUACGAAUUUGGCUUUUGGCGAGAGCUGGUCAGGCCUGCAAGGGUUGCAUGGGCGAGAAACGUAGUGCAAGUUAUUGCCUCGAAGCUAGAUGCGUUGAUGGCUGAGGCUGUGGACAGGGGCGGUAGUCGAAUACUUACAGCGAUACCGGCGUAG